AUGUCGACCGCUCAGCUUUUGACCGACUCGCUGGAGAAGCCGGCCCUUGACGAUCGCUCUUACCGUGUCAUUGAGCUCCCGAACAAGCUAGAGGCUAUGCUUGUACAUGAUCCAGAGACUGACAAAGCAAGCGCCGCCAUGGAUGUCAAUGUUGGUGCUUUCAGCGAUGCGGACGAUAUGCCGGGAAUGGCUCAUGCAGUGGAGCAUUUGCUUUUCAUGGGUACAGAGAAGUACCCCCAAGAGAAUGCCUACAACCAGUACCUCGCUGCUCAUUCAGGAUACUCGAACGCUUUCACGGCCGCUACGUCAACAAACUAUUUCUUCGAAGUCGCGGCGGCUUCCCACGCGCCCGAUGGAGAGCACAGCACAAACACCCGGGAAACUUCCCCGCUAUAUGGCGCACUGGACCGCUUUGCUCAGUUUUUCAUCGCGCCCCUCUUUCUUGAAGAGACACUGGACCGGGAGCUUCGAGCAGUGGAUUCAGAAAACAAGAAGAACCUUCAGAGUGAUCCCUGGCGUUUGCAUCAGCUCAGCAAGUCGCUCUCGAACCCCGAGCAUCCUUACUGUCACUUUUCAACCGGCAACCUACAGACUUUGCGGGACGAACCGCGCAAGCGUGGCAUCGAUGUCCGGAAAGAAUUCAUGAAAUUUCAUGAAAGGGAAUAUUCCGCCAAUAGGAUGAGAUUAGUGGUGCUUGGCCGCGACUCGCUCGACGAUCUGGAAGACUGGGUGGUAGAAUUGUUUUCUGGCGUUCGAAAUAAGGAUCUGCCUCAAAAUCGAUGGGAUCAUGUGCAGCCGUUGACAAAAGAUCAACUACUCACUCAAAUUUCCGCAAAACCGGUCAUGGAGAUGCGAUCCUUGGACAUUGUCUUCCCUUAUAUGGAUGACGACGACUUCUUCAUGUCGCAACCAAGUCGAUAUAUCAGCCACUUGAUUGGCCACGAGGGACCAGGAAGUAUUUUGGCGUACAUCAAAGCAAAGGGCUGGGCCAAUGGCUUAGCCUCUGGCCCAAUGCCCCUGAGUCCCGGCUCUGCGUUCUUUACAGUGUCAAUCCGUCUCACCGAGAAUGGACUAGACAACUACUUGGAAGUAGUCAAAGUCGUCUUCCAAUACAUUGCGAUGAUUCGAAAGACCCCACCGCAGGAGUGGAUCGUCGAGGAGAUCCAAAAGAUGAACAUUGUCGAUUUUCGAUUCAAGCAAAAGACUCCAGCAAGCAGCUUCACUAGCAAGUUGUCGCAGGUCAUGCAGAAACGCAUCCCCCGCGAGUGGCUGCUGAGUGGUUCGCGCCUGAUUCGAGAGUAUGACCCUAAUGCCAUAAGCAAAGGUCUUUCAUUUUUGCGUCCGGACAACUUUAGGAUGAGUAUCAUCAGUCAGACCUUUCCUGGAAACUGGGACCAACGGGAAAAGUGGUAUGGCACCGAGUAUAGAAGCGACAAUGUUUCACAGGAGUUCCUCGAUGAAUUAGCACGGAUCGAGCCUAGCCUAGAGAAGACCUUGCCCACGGAAUUGCAUCUGCCACACAGAAACGAGUUCAUACCGACCAAGCUUGAGGUUGAGAAAUGGGAGGUGUCUGAGCCCAGCAAGGCACCGAAGCUGCUCAGACACGAUGACAAGGUCAGAAUAUGGUGGAAGAAGGAUGACCAAUUUUGGGUCCCCAAGGCCAAUGUGUUCAUCACUUUACGCACUCCAUUGGCUUACACGACUCCUGAAUGUGCCGUCAAGACCAAGCUUUUUUGUGAAUUAGUCAGAGAUUCUCUUGCUGAGUAUUCAUACGACGCCGAAAUCGCUGGCCUCGAGUACAGCCUCAGCAGCAAUUCCAUCGGCAUCGAUAUCGAAGUUAGCGGAUACAACGACAAGAUCCCUGUUCUGCUGGAAAAGGUUCUCACAUCAAUGAGAGACUUGGAGGUCAAGCCGGAUAGAUUUCACAUCAUUCAAGAGAGACUUUUGCGAGGCUUCCGAAACGUUGAGUAUCAUCAGCCUUUCCAGCGUGUAGGGGAAUUCAGUCGUUGGCUCAACAGUGAGAAGAGCUGGAUUAACGAGCAAUAUCUGGCCGAGCUUCCUCACCUGACCCCAGAGGAUAUUCGAACAUUCUUCCCCAAUCUGCUGCGACAAGUUCAUGUCGAAGCACUUGUGCAUGGAAAUCUCUACAGAGAUGAUGCGUUGAAGCUGACUGAUCUUGUCGAAGCUACAUUAAAGCCUCGACCGUUGCCCCAGUCUCAGUGGCACGUUCGGCGAUCGCUUCUGCUUCCGCAGGGAUGCAACUAUAUCUACCCAAGAGCUCUUAAAGACCCCGCCAACAUCAACAACUGCAUUGAAUACCUUCUCUUCAUCGGUGAAAAUCCCGACAGAGCCCUUCGAGCUAAGCUACUUUUGCUGGCACAACUGGCCGAGGAGCCAGCUUUUGAUCAGCUUCGAACAAAGGAGCAGUUAGGAUAUGUCGUCUUCUCAGGUCUCCGAUUAGCGGCAACUACGAUGAGCUACCGCAUCCUCAUCCAGAGUGAGCGGACACCGGAAUACCUCGAACAGCGCAUCAACUCUUUCCUCAUCCAACUCGGCAAAGAGCUAGAGGAGAAGUCUGUGGAGGACUUUGAAAAGCUCAAGCGUAGCUUGAUCAACAAGCGUCUCGAGAAGGUGAAGAAUCUUAAUCAGGAAAGCGACCGCUUCUGGAACCAUAUUGGCAACGAAUAUUACGAUUUCGAGCAGGUCGAUUAUGACGUGGCCCAUUUGAAGCCAGUCACCAAGGACGAGGUUCUUUCCUUUUUCCACCACUAUAUUCACCCAUCAUCUCCCACUCGCGCAAAGCUUUCUGUCCACUUGCUUGCCCAAACUUCACCUCAUGCAAUUGCGGAGAAGACGUCUCCAGCGGAGCAACUUGAACAGCUUCUCGAGCUCUUGCAGAAAAGCCUUCCUUCUCUUGGUGUCGAGGUGCAGGCCGACAAACUCCGACGUAGAUUUGACGGCGUCAAACUUGCCAAUGGCCAAGAUGGCAUCGUAUCUGCUAUCAAAAAUUAUCUUUCUGAAGACUUACAAAUGCAGGCUGAGCCUAUCGAAGAGAUCCUUGCUCAGGGAAAGCAGUUGCUCGCUAUGGCACUACCUAGUCUGGGAAUUGAAGUCUCCCAUGAUGAGCAGCUUCCGGAGAGUAAAACUGACCCCGCAACUGACACGGUAAAGAACGCGGUCAUUAUAGACAAUGUCUAUGAAUUUAAGGCUCGAUUGGCGGUAUCUCAUGGUGCAGCAGCCGUCAAGCCUCUGGGCGAAUUCGAGGAGAACGACCCCAAGCUCUGA